AUGACAACAGAGAAAUAUACGACAAAGACGAAUAACAAUUUCGAUAGUAGUAAUGCUGAGAAAGGGAUCUCUCGAGCUGAUACGGGAGCGACAGCUACUUCCCAAUCACUACCUUUCAAACCUCAUACAGCGCCCUCAGCAAAGGUACUAGAUGCCCUCGGAGCAAAUGCUUCCAAAGGUUUAUCGGAGUCUGAUGUGAGGAAGAGAUUAGAACAAUAUGGACCAAACAGGUUGAAACCACCCAAGAAACCUAGUAUAUUCAAUAUCGUACUUAGGCAGAUCGGAAAUGCCAUGACGGUCAUUCUGAUCGCUGCUAUGGCGGUUUCAUUCGGUACAAUGGAUUGGAUCAGUGGUGGAGUCAUCGGUGCUUUGGUAGUUUUAAAUGUUACCGUGGGAACAAUCACGGAAUGGCAAGCUGAAAAGACCGUAGCAAGUCUUGAAUCCGUUGGUGCACCUCAAGCUACUGUAAUUCGAUCUUCAGACGGUAGAGAAAGCACUACCAAGGUCAUUGCCGUCGAAGAAGUCGUUCCGGGUGAUCUGGUACUGCUUAAAAAUGGUGAUAUCGUUCCAGCCGACGGUCGAGUACUUGAGGGUCAUUGUAGUAAUCUGGAAUGUGACGAAGCUUUCUUGACCGGUGAAUCUCUGCCUGUGGCUAAACAAUCGGAUCCUGUCGACGAAGAGGAUUGUCCCGUCGGUGAUCGACUCAGCAUGGUCUUCUCUGGUGCUCAGGUCACAAAAGGACGAGCUAGAGUCGUGAUCACUACAACGGGUAUGAACACGGAAAUCGGAAAAAUCGCUGAAGCACUCGAAGCAAAAGCCAAGAAGACCGAUACCGGAUUUGCCGCUUACUGGUACAAAUUCAAGGUCAUCAUGGGUGUUGCCGAGACUACUCCAUUACAAAUCAAAUUAAACAAAUUGGCCUAUUUCCUACUUGGUUGUGCGAUCGUAAUCGCUAUCAUUGUUGUCGCUUCUACCGGAUUCAAAGAUGUCCCUCUAUCCGUCGCGACAUACGCCGUAGCAGCUGCUGUAUCAAUCUUGCCAGCUUCUCUCAUUGCUGUAGUCAGCUUGACUCUGGCUCGAGCAUCUACCGAUCUCGCUCAAAGGAAUGCUUUGGUCAGAAGGAUGGACGCCAUCGAAGCUUUAGCAGGUGUGGAGAAUGUCUGUUCGGAUAAAACUGGUACACUCACCGUUGGUCGGAUGGUCGUUCGAAAAUUCUGGGUUCCCGCACUUGAUCCACGAGCCAACGAAUCUGCCCCUUUGAAUACUCGAAGAGGUCAAGCCUAUUCAUUCGAAACCGGAUCCGAUCCUUUCUAUCCUCGAGGUGAAGUCCGAUCCGACCGUGAAGAAAUCUCACCUGGUGGAGCGGUCCUCGACCUCAAACGAAAACCACAAAGGAAGCUCUCUGGAGAUUCUACACCUGAAAACGAUCCUGAUAGUCAAGAGAUUGCGCUGCAAGAACAAGUCAUCCUGGUAGAUGAGCUGGAAAUUGGUCUGAGGGAUUUAGCACUUUGUGCAUCGUUGUGUAAUCAAGCUACAUUAUCUCGACCGGCCGAUAACGAAAGUAACUGGGAAGCUAAUGGAGAUCCAACUGAAAUUGCUUUACAAGUUGCUGCCCAUAAAUUAGGGCAUGGAAAACCGUUCUUGACCCAUUCGAGACCCAACCCUAAUCGAGCGGAUUCGGUUCGAUCGGGACAUAGUGGACGACCUCCUAUCGCAGGUUCAAGAGGUCAUUAUGAACAAAUCAUCGAACACCCCUUUGAUUCCACGGUCAAGAGAAUGUCAAUCGCCUAUCGAUUCGUUCCGGACGAUAACAAGGAAGCGCACGUACAGUGUUUCCUCAAAGGUGCUGUUGAAAGAGUUUUCGAAUUGUGUACUUCUGUACAUGGCGAACCGCUUACAGAUGAACGAAAGAAAGAUAUCAUGGUCAAAGUGGAUGCGUUAGCUGCUCAAGGUCUCAGAGUUUUAGCAUUGUGCGGCAAAAGGUUACCAUCCAAAUCUGCCGAUGAAGUCAAAGCCAUGCCUAGAGAUCAAUUCGAAAAUGAUUUUGCGUUCUUGGGUCUAGCAGGUAUAUUUGAUCCACCAAGAAAGGAAUCUCCUGGUGCCGUUGCGGACUGUCUUCGAGCCGGUAUCACACCUCGGAUGUUAACUGGUGAUCACCCGGCAACCGCCACUGCCAUCGCACUCAACAUUGGUAUCUUGGAGAAAGCGUACUCCAAGGAAGCUGUGAUGACCGGUCAACAAUUUGAUGCGCUAAGUGAAGAUGAGAUUGAUAAAUUGCCAGAGCUACCUCUUGUCGUUGCUAGAUGUGCUCCUGAAACCAAGGUCCGAAUGGUCGAUGCUAUUCACCGAAGAGGUCAGAAGACAGUCAUGACAGGAGACGGAGUAAACGACUCUCCCGCAUUGAAACGUGCAGAUGUGGGUGUGGGUAUGGGAACCGGAUCGGAUGUUGCCAAACAAUCUUCAAGAAUCGUCUUGAGUGACGACAAUUUCAGUACAAUCAUUCGAGCUAUCCGAAAAGGUCGAUCGGUCUUCAAAAACUUGGCUAAAUUCUUACUUUACCUAUUAUCUGGUAAUUUGGCUGAAAUCAUCGUAUUGAUGAUCGGCCUCGCGUUCAAAGAUGAAAAUGGACAAUCCGUAUUCCCCCUCUCGGCCGUGGCUGCAUUAUGGAUCAACACCCUUGCAGCUGGACCUCCAGCUCUAGCACUUGGUUUGGAACCUACCGCUGUAGAUGCGAUGGAACAACCUCCUACGUCUUUCCAUCAAAUCUUCACUUUGGAAUUCUACGUCGAUUUAGUGUUUUAUGGAGUCUUGAUGGGUGCUUUGAGUUUGGUCAAUUUCGUUAUUGUACUUUGGGGUUACUUCCCAGGAGACCUCGGUAGAUAUUGUAACGAAGGCGAUUCGGAUAUUUGCGAUCCAGUAUUCCAAGCACGAGCCACCUGUUUCUCUACCUUGGUUAUCAUGUUGAUGAUCCAUGGAUUGGAAUGUAAACAUUUCACCAAAGGAAUCAUGCAAGUCAACUUGAGGGAUAACAAAGUUUUACUUUGGUCUGUAUUGGUUUUGGCACUUGGUACCUUCCCCGUAGUUUACAUUCCAGUGAUCAACGAUAAAGUGUUCUUGCACGGUUCUCUAAAGUGGGAAUGGGGUAUCGUUUUCGGAAUGAUCUUCGUCUACUUAGGAUGUACAGAACUUUACAAAUGGUGUAAGAGAAUUUAUAUCAGAAGGACACAUGUCCCAACACCUACCAGAGGUCCAUCCGAUAAGACUCUGAAGAUGGAGAAUACCAUUGCUCCUGUUUAG